CCCCGGCGCAGCCUGCCGUGGCGCAGCCCGCGCGGGGAGGCGGCGCGCCUCUGGACGAGAAGGCCCCCGACGCCGGCGGCGCCGCCCCGCCCGGCGAGGCCGGCGCCGAGCCGGUGGUGGUGGAGCUGCUGGAGGAUUCGCCCACCGCCGACACGCCGCUGGCGCCGCAAGACGCAGGGGCCGCUGACGGCGCAGCAGAUCCACCAGUGGGCGCGCCAGCCGACGCGCAGGCCGACCACGCCCCGACGGCCCCGCACGCCCACGAGGCCGCCCGGGAGGCGGAGGAGGCCCCGCCCGCGGAGCGCCCCGCUGCCGACGGCGCAGAGGAGCCCGCGGCGCCCGCGGAGGC